AUGACCCCUGGACAGGCGACCGAGUUUGCCGACAAUGACUAUAAGUUCAAGUCGCAACCCAGCCAGGUCCGGUUCUCGACCAUAACGGAGGAAAUCGAACCUUCGGAUUCCCCGGUCCCUCCCCAAGUACCGCCGGCCGAUGACACGAUGAAGGAUCAGGAGCAAGAGGAGGAACUGCGGUCCCUGGCUGCCAGCCUACAAAAAUCACAGUUGCAGGAGACGCGGUUGCGACAGUUCUCAUAUGACCCGAUUUCUCUUCCAUCUUCUAGGGUUGCGUCGCGAGAGUCAAGCGACCGCAGUGGUCACGAAGCCAAUGGAUCAGGACUGCCCUCUCCCCGAGACUCCCCCACGGUGUCCGCUAUGCAGUCACCCCCGCUUACACCAGCUGCGACUCACUCACGGGAAGCCAAGUCUACUGAUACCUCGUCAACAUCAAACACUACGGACAAAGGAGCCCCGGGGCAGUCCGCUGCCAUGACCCCCACUACUUCCCCACCGACAAGCGCGACCCUAAAGAACAAAGCCUCCCAGAGUGCCCCCUCUUCACGACCCUCUUCAACCGACCAACUGUCGAAACAGAAUAACGUCGCGCAAACAUCGUCCCAUCCGCUAAAUUCCCCGAAACAUAGGGCGCAGUUCUUCGUUGGCCCUGCGGCUGAUGGAGGUGCACAGGAUGAAAGCCCUCCGAUGACUCCGAGGGUUGAAAGCUAUACCCCUCCCGGUGCGAUUACACCCGUCGGAGAGCCCAAUGAUCCAUAUGCUCGCAGCAAACGGCCCCCACCACCAAAGAACCUCGCGCAACUGGACCAACGCUUUAUCUUCAAUGGCAGAGAUGCGAAACGUCGCACCAACACCUCCUCGUCGUUCACCCGCCCUAUGUCUCCUCGGUCCGCCAGUGCAAGUGAUCUCAGGUCCACCGAAAAGCGCAGCGGCUUUUUUGGCAGCAAAAAAGAGGCCAAGCCGCAGGAACCGGAAAGCAAGCCCCACGGCCACAUGUCCGAGCUAAAGCGCUUCUUCAAACGGAACCACCACAAGCAUAAGCGUGCUGAUUCUCCCUCAUCUAUACCCUUCAAAAAGUCGAGCCGGUCUUCGGGCAAGAAUGGCCCUUUCCACACAUCGGAUAGUGUUCCCUUCGCUGACGACCAUGGGCUCAACUCAAAGUACGGGAAGCUAGGCAAGGUUUUGGGUUCAGGAGCAGGUGGAUCCGUUAGGUUGCUCAAGCGUAACAGCGACGGCGUGACCUUCGCUGUCAAGCAGUUUCGUGAUCGCCAUUCUUGGGAGAGCAUGAAGGAGUAUUCGAAGAAGGUGACUGCGGAAUUUUGCAUCGGCUCGACUCUUCAUCACGGCAAUAUCAUCGAGACACUGGAUAUCAUCCAAGAAGGCAGCCAUUGGUACGAGGUGAUGGAGUAUGCUCCGUUCGAUUUGUUCGCGAUUGUCAUGACAGGAAAGAUGGUGAAAGAUGAGAUUGCCUGCGCCUUCAAGCAGAUACUCAGCGGAGUGGCCUACUUGCACGGAAUGGGUUUGGCCCACAGGGAUCUGAAAUUGGACAACGUGGUCGUCAAUGAACAUGGCAUCAUGAAGCUUAUCGACUUUGGGAGUGCGGUGGUUUUCCGGUACCCCUUUGAGAAUGAUAUCGUUCCUGCUUCUGGCAUCGUCGGCUCUGAUCCCUAUUUGGCUCCGGAGGUGUACGAUGAAAAGAAAUACGAUCCCCGCCCCACGGACGUCUGGUCUCUGGCCAUCAUCUUCUGCUGCAUGACCUUGCGCCGAUUUCCCUGGAAGCAGCCCCGUGUCAGCGACAACUCUUACCGACUCUUCGUCUCCCCGCCCACUCCCGGCACACCAGUUCCUGAUACAGACCCCAAACGUCACCGAGUCGUUAAAUCGUCUCCUGACCUCCAAUCGGCGGCUCACGAACAAAAGACCCCGCAGGUUGUUGACCCCAAGAAGGGGCCCAUCGAUCAACCCGUGCAGGCUAAUGGACGUCAGGAGCCCCCGAAGAGUACUGCUCAGACAGGGCCUACCGCUGGAGAAGAGAACCGUCCUCCGGAGAGUCCACAGGAACGUACACCUACCAACAAGACCGCGGUAGAGGACAAGAACGGCCCUACUCACAAGCCCACUCGCACCACAAGCAAAGAAGCCCCCCCUCUUCCCGCUUCAUCCCAGCCUUCUGGCCAACGCCAGGAAGUAAUCAAGGGUCCCUGGAGACUUUUGCGACUUCUGCCACGCGAGAGCCGGUAUAUCGUCGGGCGCAUGUUGAAGGUGGGCGUCAAUGAACGCGCAACCCUCGAUGACGUCCUAACCGACGAAUGGGUUCGCAACAUCAAGGCAUGCCAGCAGGAGCUUUCUGGUGAGGUCAUCCGGGCCCCUGGCCAUACCCAUGUCCUGGAACCACCAUCGGCCAGUGUUCCCUCCGGAGCCAUUGCCGGCCUCACCGUUGACUGCUCCCUCUACCCCCUCGACACGAUCAAAACCCGCCUCCAAAAAGCGCGCACACAAGGCCCUUCCACCACAUCCGCAGCCGCAUCCAGCCUCUCCCUCCGCCAAACCAUCCGCGGCAUCUACGCCGGUCUUCCCUCCGUGCUCUUCGGCUCCGCCCCGUCCGCCGCAUCCUUCUUCAUCGUCUACGAUGGCGUGAAACGAUACCUCCUCCCGUCCCCCUCCUCUAACCCCAAGGAUACCCCAUCUCGCUCCCACAUCAUCCUCACGCACUCCCUCGCCUCCUCAAUGGGCGAAAUCGCCGCCUGCGCCGUCCGCGUCCCCACCGAAGUCGUGAAACAGCGCGCCCAAGCCGGUCUCUUCGGCGGCUCGAGUCUCCUCGCCUUCAAGGAUAUCCUCGCCCUCCGGAAUGCUCCGAAUGGUGGGGUGGGCCAGGUCCUCGGCGAGUUGUAUCGUGGUGCCGGGAUUACGAUUGCCAGGGAGAUUCCGUUCACCGUGUUGCAGUUUACUAUGUGGGAGAGUUUGAAGGAGGGGUAUGCGAAGAAGGUCGGUGGUGGUGAUGGGACUGGGGUUGUGCCCGCGUCGACGAGUGCUAUGUUUGGGAGUGUUGCCGGAGCUAUUUCGGCGGGUUUGACGACCCCGUUGGAUGUUGUUAAGACUAGGGUUAUGCUUGCGAGACGCGGUGGGGAUGGUGAGAGGGUUAGGGUGAGGGAUGUCGUUAGGGAGGUUUAUAAGGAGGGUCUUGGGGCGUUUUGGAGGGGGAUUGGGCCGAGGGUUGCGUGGAUUGGGAUUGGUGGGGCGGUGUUUUUGGGGAGUUAUCAGUGGGCGUGGAAUACGUUGGAGGGGAAGAGGGAGGGGGAGAGGGAGAGGGAGAGUGAAGAUCAAAAGCAGGAGGGGGGAGAGAAGAAGGUGGAAGACGAGCAGAUCCCCGAGGGAAGCCGGGGCUCGUGCCUCCCGCCAGAAAGGGAAGGAACGAACCACCAGAGGGUCACUUAUGUCCUCCCUCUGCCUGAUGCCCCUGGUGGGCAUAGACUAGGCGUUAAUGGUCUGACGGUCGAUACGGACAAUUCCAUCCUGUAUUCCGCUGGUCGCGAUGGUGUUGUAUGCUCGUGGGACCUCAACCGCCCCCUCUCCGGCGCAUCGGCGUCGAAAUCCGGUUCGACAACCUUCAGAAACCAAGUCCAGGCUCACAGCCAUUGGAUCAACGACAUUGUCUUGACUAAGAACAACUCGGCGCUCGUUUCCGCAUCGUCCGAUACCACGGUGCGAUUAUGGAGACCGCACUCGGAAAUCACGGAGGUGCCGCAUCCCAUCGGCAAACAUGCCGACUACGUGAAAGCCUUGGCAACCCCCGGAAAUCACUCCUCAUGGGUGGCAUCAGGCGGCCUGGAUCACAAGCUCUAUCUAUGGGAUUUGAAUGGCGGCGGUGAGGUCCUUGGCAUCGAUGCGUGCGGGGAGGAUCGGACGGCAAAGGGUUCGGUCUAUGCACUAGGCGCUGUAUCGUCCGUCCUGGCCAGUGGUGGACCGGAAAGCGUGGUCAGAGUCUGGGAUCCGAAAUCCGGAAAAUUGAUCACGAAGUUCGUGGGCCAUACCGACAAUAUUCGAGAUAUCCUCAUUAAUCAAGAUGGCGAUACCAUUAUGACCGCGUCCUCCGACCAGACGGUCAAGGUUUGGUCGCUGACAGCAGGAAGAUGCAUGCACACCUUGACAAUGCACAACGACAGUGUCUGGUCGCUUUAUUCGAAUCAUCCUCAGCUGUCGGUGUUCUAUUCGAGUGAUCGAUCCGGCUUGGUCGCCAAGACGGACACGAGGCACUCUGCGGAUAUCGAGCAAGGUGUCUGCGUUGCAGCGCUGCAGGAGCACGAGGGCGUUAUCAACGUCGUAGCUGCCGGAGACUAUAUCUGGACAGCAACACCGAAGUCUAGUAUCAAUCGGUGGAGGGAUAUUGAUACCACAGCCGAGAUAGAAGCCCCAGCUUCAGGGGAACGAAAGUCCAGCGCUGAAAAGGAUGCGGCUAAAGGAAUGCCCAAGAAGAUACCAUACGAAUCGGUUCUCUUACUAUCAAACACAUCUACGUUCCCUAAUUCGAGAGUUCCUCACGACGCGGCGCCAGGCGGCGCAUCACAUGCACAGGGCCAAGCUUCCGGCUCAGACAUGGAGGAUGAACUGGGAUUGACCCUGCCCGUCCAGUCCUUGCCAGAGGAGACUAUCGAAGGACAGCACGGAUUGAUCAAACACUUCAUGUUAAAUGACCGCAAACGGACUUUGACCCAAGAUUCUGCGGGUGAGGUUGUCUUAUGGGAUCUUCUCAAGUGUAAACCUAUUCAAUCCUUUGGCAAGCGGCAUAUGGAUGAUGUGGCCUCUGAGAUUAACACCACGGAGAGUAUUGCUCACUGGUGCACGAUCGACAUCCGCACCGGAAGGUUAUCAGUGAUUCUGGAGCCAGGACGCUGCUUUGACGCGGAGAUAUACGCCGACGAAACAGACAUAGAAGAUAGUUCGCAGUUCCGCGACGACCAGAGAAUCAACCUAGGCAAAUGGAUAUUGCGCUGGCUCUUUGCAUCACUGGUCGAUGAGCACGUUCGGCGUGAUGCCCAGUAUCGUGCCAUGGCAGUUGCAAGAGCGGAGGAAAUGGCUAAACUGACCACAACGAGUGCCUCUGCGCCAAUGGAUAUACCGUCAGCAGAUGGUUCAAGGCGGCCGUUAGGUCUGCAGACUCCUAUAGAUGCCUCAUUCUCAACCUUCCGGUCCGGAUACGACACUCUUGGUAGCCCUACGACGCCCGGCUUCGGUAUCGGCUACGCAACAAGUCCGGGGACGUUAGGGUCACCCGUGCUACCACCACAUAGCUACAACAACAAUAGCUACUUUGGAACAUCUAUCGGCGAGACUUCGGACUUUCUGUCAUCACAGCAAAACCCGGACCUAACUCGAACAUCUUUCUCGGACCGGUCGAGCGAUUACUUUUCCUCCUCAUCCAAGCCCCCGGGUCUGACUCCGCUAGACACAGAGAAGGCGCCAGCGACACCCGGAGAGCCGACGCCAACUGCUCUGCCUCAAUCACCGGUCGAGCCUGACAAAGAGGAACGAAAGCGGGGAGGAUCUAUAUUUGGGAAGAAAUUUCGGAUGGAUUUCCCCAAGCGAAUGGGCCGGUCCUCGUCGGAAGCCAAGCCCCAGAUCCAAGAAGAGAAGAUUGAAGAAUCGGACAAGUCGUCUGUCAAGGAAGAGAAGGUUUUUGAAACCAAUCUGGGUGGCUUCAUCGAGCGAACCCGGCACGAGUACGAGGAAUGGCUGUCUGCCAACCCGGGGCAGGAGUUGGUGUCUGCCUUUGCUCCUAGUCCUGACAACGAGACACCCGAACUGCAGAUACCUCCUCGCACGGCCGUAUUCAUCCAAGAGGAAUCUGGCGACACGGCAGUGGCUUCAGACUUGUACAGGGGUACUGUGGCAGGAAUUAGUCAGGAGAUUGACAAGUUGGAGAAGUCCAUCCCGUUAUGGCUUGCGGACUUGCUGCUCAAGAAUCAAAUGCCAUUGAAAGAGCCAGUGAAGAUUGCGUUUACGCUGAAACCUUACGACGAUCUUCUGCCGCCUGUGGUCAAGCCAGAGUAUGACAGGCCGGCUACGAGCGCAAACGCGAACAACAAUCGACUCAACGCCAAUCGCAUGCUUCGAGCCAAGAAGAUCCUUGCCUAUGUUGCAGAACGGAUCGACCCCCCUAACCCCGAUGAGCCCGAAGAGGAUGCGAUGAAGCCGGAAGAGUAUCUGGAGUUGUAUUGCCAGAAGAUGCUGAUUCCGCCAAACAUGACUCUUGCGACAAUUCGGGCACACAUCUGGCGCUCGUCUGGGGAUAUGCUACUGUAUUACAAAGCGAACGGAAAGAAGGAGAUCAAAACCACUCCCGACGGAGAGAGCAACCACCUUGAGGGUGGCUCUCAUCGAUUCCUUGAUCCCGCAAGCGCCGGCGGCGAAGCUGGAAGCGUGCCCCCAGGGAGCAUCCACUCGCUGACAGCCUCAGGGUCGGGUGCUGCCUCGAUCAGCAAUACCUGA